UUUUUUUUUUUUUUUACUUUUUUCCUUACCUCGUUUUCCCUUUCCCUUCCAACCAUUAAUACUUCUUUCCUUCCCCCCUUCCCUUCUUUCUUUCUUCUUGUAUAUAUACACUCUCUAUACUAUCAAUAAACAAUUUAUUAUACCUUUUUUUGUCUAUCUAUUAUACAUUCAACAAUGUUGCUAUUACAUCAUUGUUUACUUAUUUUAUUAGUAUAUAUAACACCUAUUACAUUUGCCUCUUCAUUAUAUGCACGUGAACCAGAUCAACGAUCAUAUUAUACUCUCUAUAUACCAAGUGGUAAUCGUGAUGCUGCGAUCCAUGUGGCUCAACAACUAGAUGCAAGAUACGAAGGUCAUAUUGGUGAAUUAGAACAAUACCAUGAAAUCAGUAUACCAUCAUAUUACAAGAAUAAACGCGAUCUGUUGUUGGAAGAUAACCAAGAUGACAUGAUGGUCAAACGUUUUGAACAACUCAAGCAGGAAAAUGGUAAUAGCCCAAGGCAUAAACGACAAUCAUCUCAUUUACUUGUUCAGGUGGAAUCACUACGACCUCAAACAACUCGACGUCGACGAUUAGUGAAACGUAUGCCUCCAACUCAGCUUUAUCAUCAUCAUUGCAAACGACAGGAUAUGUUCCAAGGGGAAGAAGAAGAAGAAGACGAUGAUAGUCCUGUGGUGGAAAAUAUACAACAAGAACAAUGGCAAAAUGCUCUCUCUGCCCAGGAAUUUUUGACCCGUCCUGAUGGUUUUCAGACCUUGAAACGUACCUUGGCAAUCGAAGAUCCUGGCUUUGAUCAACAAUGGCAUUUGAUCAAUCAAGAACAGCAUGGUCAUGAUUUGAAUGUCACUGGUGUAUGGAGUCAAGGUAUUACCGGCAAGAAUGUGGUGGUUGCUAUUUUAGAUGAUGGACUUGAUAUGGAUAAUGAUGAUUUGAAAGAUAACUUUUUUGCGGCCGGAUCUUAUGAUUUUAAUGAUCAUUCCAAUUUACCUAAACCAAAACUCCCUGAUGAUACCCAUGGAACUCGAUGUGCUGGUGAAAUUGCUGCUGUCAAAAAUGGUGUUUGUGGUGUUGGUAUGGCAUAUGAAGCAAAAGUAGCAGGUGUUCGAAUUCUUUCGGCAGAUAUUACAGAUGAAGAUGAAGCUCGAGCAUUGAAUUAUAAGUAUCAAGAAAAUCAUAUUUAUUCAUGUUCAUGGGGUCCUCCAGACUAUGGUGAAGUAGCAGAAGCACCUCAAGGAAUUGUAUUGGAUGCCAUCAAAAAUGGAAUCAAGAAUGGUCGAAAUGGAACAGGAACUAUCUUUGUAUUUGCAUCCGGAAAUGGUGGUGGCAACGAUGACAAUUGCAAUUUUGAUGGAUAUACAAAUAGUAUUUAUACAAUCACAGUGGGCGCCAUUGAUCGACUAGGCAAUCAUCCUUAUUAUGCUGAAAGAUGCUCUGCUCAAUUGGUUGUAACAUAUUCUAGUGGAAGUGGUGGAAAUAUUUACACAACUGAUAUUGGGCAGAAUAAAUGUACUGAUCGACAUGGUGGAACAUCGGCAGCAGCACCUUUGGCAGCAGGAGUUUUCGCUUUGGUAUUAUCGGUCCGAUCUGACUUGACAUGGCGGGACAUGCAACAUCUUUGUGUACAAACAGCUUUACCACUAUCACUAGAAGAUGAUGAUUGGACUCUAUUACCCUCAGGUCGUAUGUACAAUCACAAGUUUGGAUAUGGGAAAUUAGAUGCGUAUGCUAUUGUGGAAAAAGCCAAAUAUUUUGAAAAUGUGCGUGAGCAAACAUAUCUUCAAGUAUCUGCACCCAAGAAUAAACGUGUUAUCCCUGAUCGUUCAGCAACCAUUGGCAGCUUGGAUGAUUUGACAGACACCAUCACUAUCACUCAAGAUAUGGUCGACAAUGCUGGUAUCUCUCGAUUAGAACAUGUGACAGUUACAGUGUAUAUCGAACAUGGUAGACGAGGCGAUUUGGAAGUCUUGUUAGAAAGUCCACAAAAUGUGACAAGUCAACUAGGUGCGCCAAGAAAAUAUGAUAUUAGUACGGAAGGUUUGAUUGAUUGGACAUUUAUGACUGUGAAGCAUUGGGAAGAAGAACCUGUGGGAGAUUGGACAUUACGAAUCAUCGAUUGGAGGAACCCAAAAUUCACUGGCAGUUUUACCAAUUGGACAUUGACAUUAUGGGGUGAAAUGGUGGAAGAAAUGGAAGGCGAGGUUAUUCAUUUUCCUGAACCUGUGACCACGACAUCAACAACGAUACCAUUUAACAAUGUACCCAACACAUCAUUUGAUCAUGAAUCCUCAACAAUAUCAUCUGGUAGUAAUAUCUCUCAAGAACAAUCUGCCUCAAUUGAACCAACACCAAUAACAACAAUAUCAACAGUAUCAUUGACAGAAACAACAACGUCUCCAAUCAUUGCGACUGUUUCCUCUUUGACAGACAUCAACCAUCCUACGCCACUUUAUCCUCUCUUUGAUGAUGAUAUGGAUACCAUUAUAUCAGGAUCGAUUCCUCCAGCAAACGAUAGUACAUCUUCAACAUCUGUUUCCUAUUAUUUAUUUGUAGGUAUGGUGGGAUUAGUAGCUGCAACAUUAUCGUGGAUGAUACGACGCCGUAUCAAGGGACCAGGUAACGCUAAGGAUAUUACCGCUUAUACAAAUGUAUCUCAACAGGCACCAUCAUCACCACGCAAUUCAUUGAUAUAUGAAUUUGAUAUUCUUAAUCAACAACGACUUUCACAACAGCAUCCAUCAUUAUCGGAGGACGACCAUGCAUGUAUUGAUGACGAUGAUGAUACAGUGACGCAUACUCUUAUUGCACCUGCACACAGUCCUCCUUUCUCAGAAAGUUCUAGUCGACAUACUGGAUAUCCUAUGACGAAACGACUGCAACAAUCAUCAUACCAUGACAAAGGCAAAUAAGUCCUCUCUAUCUUUUAUGUCAUACCCAUGAAUAAGUUGGUCUAGUAAAGGUAAAUCCACUAUGUGUCUCGGUCCUUUUAUAUAUAUAUAUAUAUAUAUAUAUAUCCCGCAGUUUAGUUCUUUUUUUUUUUUUUUUUUUGAUA